CAAGGGCAAGAAAGUAAAAAAGAAACAAAACAUUUCUCAGUCUCACAAAAACAAUCUUAAAACAAGACAAGACAACGACCCUGAUUCACAGUUGCAAACUCUCACACUCUGCCUUCACUUCAACCAUGGCAGCCACCACCACUACUACUCCUUCCAGAUCUCCUUUCCAUUCGCACCCUCCUUUCCCUAAACGCACCACCACACUCACAUUCCCUCUCUCUCCCAUUCUCAACAAACCAAAAACCACUCACUCUCUUAUCGGAAUCUCAUGCUCCCUCAAACCCUUCACAGCACCACCUUCCACCACCACCACCGUCGAUGAGCCUUUCACCUCUCGUUUCUCCUCCACCCAACCCCGAAAAGGCUCCGACAUUCUCGUUGAAGCCUUAGAACGCGAAGGCGUUACCAACGUCUUCGCUUACCCUGGCGGCGCUUCCAUGGAGAUCCACCAAGCUCUCACCCGUUCCAAAACCAUCCGUAACAUACUCCCCCGUCACGAACAAGGUGGUGUCUUCGCCGCCGAAGGCUACGCUCGCUCCUCCGGUCUUCCCGGCGUUUGUAUCGCCACCUCUGGUCCCGGUGCCACCAACUUAGUCAGCGGCCUCGCCGAUGCUUUGAUGGACAGUGUCCCUCUCAUCGCUAUUACCGGUCAAGUUCCCCGGAGAAUGAUCGGAACUGAUGCUUUUCAAGAAACACCUAUAGUUGAAGUAACGAGAUCUAUCACAAAGCAUAACUAUCUCAUUCUUGAUGUUGAAGAUAUUCCUAGGGUUGUCAAAGAAGCGUUUUUCCUUGCAACUUCCGGCCGCCCCGGCCCGGUUCUCAUUGAUGUACCCAAAGAUGUUCAACAACAACUCGCUGUUCCGAAUUGGUCCGAGCCCAUUAAGCUAACUGGUUAUUUAUCCAGGUUACCUAAGAUUCCUGGUGAGGCUCAGUUAGAACAGGUUUUGAGGUUGUUGUUAGAAUCUGAAAAACCUGUUUUGUAUGUUGGUGGUGGUUGUUUGAAUUCUAGUGAUGAAUUGAAGCGGUUUGUGGAGUUAACUGGUGUUCCUGUUGCUAGUACUUUGAUGGGAUUAGGUAGUUAUCCUAUUGGAGGUGAACAUUCUCUUUCAAUGUUGGGUAUGCAUGGAACUGUUUAUGCUAAUUAUGCUGUUGAUAAUAGUGAUCUGUUGCUUGCUUUUGGGGUUAGGUUUGAUGAUAGAGUUACUGGAAAGUUAGAAGCUUUUGCUAGUAGGGCUAAGAUUGUUCAUAUAGAUAUUGAUUCAGCUGAGAUUGGGAAGAAUAAGAUUCCACAUCUGUCGAUUUGUGCGGAUAUGAAGGUGGCGUUGGAAGGUCUUAAUAGAGUUUUGGAGAGUAAAGGAAUCAAGGGGAAGCUUGAUUUUGAGGCAUGGAGGCAGGAGUUGAAUGUGCAGAAGUUAAAAUUUCCUCUUGGUUUUAAGACAUUUGAGGAUGCUAUUUCGCCUCAGUAUGCUAUUCAGGUGCUUGAUGAGUUGACGAAUGGUGACGCUAUUGUUAGUACUGGUGUUGGACAGCAUCAAAUGUGGUCUGCUCAGUUUUACAAGUAUAAGAGACCUAGGCAGUGGUUAACUUCUGGUGGACUUGGUGCCAUGGGUUUUGGAUUACCUGCUGCUAUCGGUGCUGCUGUUGCUAACCCUGAUGCAAUUGUCGUUGAUAUUGACGGGGAUGGUAGUUUUAUGAUGAACGUUCAAGAGUUAGCUACUAUAAGAGUAGAGAAUCUUCCGGUUAAGAUCCUGUUGUUGAAUAAUCAACAUUUGGGUAUGGUUGUUCAAUGGGAGGAUAGAUUCUACAAGGCAAAUAGAGCUCAUACUUAUCUUGGUGACCCUUCUAAGGAGGAUGAGAUUUUCCCUAACAUGCUUGGAUUUGCUGAUGCCUGUGGAAUACCGGCUGCUCGUGUGACCAAGAAGGAAGAGCUUAGAGAAGCUAUUCAGAAAAUGUUGGAAACUCCCGGUCCUUAUCUUCUUGAUGUCAUUGUACCUCAUCAAGAACAUGUAUUGCCAAUGAUUCCUAGUAAUGGUUCAUUCAAGGAUGUGAUCACGGAGGGUGAUGGAAGAAGGAGUUAUUGAUUGCUCGAGCAAAACGAGAUAUGAUAUAUUCCUUGUGUGUUGUUUUGUACAAUAUAUAAAAUUAUUGUUAUCAUAGUUGCAUGAUUUGACAUUUAGUAAGCUAAGCAUCCUAGUUUAGUUUGUGCUUUUGUAGUAAUUUUGAUGGCAUGUGUCUUUGUAGAGUGCCAUAGCUGUUGUUGUACCACCGUUUUUAUUUGCCGUAGUGAGUUUGAGGUUGAAGUCAGAGAUAGUAGUAGCACUUCUAGUCUUAGAAUUCGAAUAAAAUCUGAUUUCAUUUUGAAAAUGAGACAAAGAUCCUAUUAGAGUGAA